GAUUGUCCUUCAUUUACAGAGAGGGAAUCUAGAAAAGUGCAUGCGAUAUUCGCACCCGUUCAAUGAUACGCAAAGUGAUGGCUGAGAUAGACGUGAAAUUGGGCAUCCGGCAGACGUUGCAGAAAAUCGAAGAAACUUACAAGAAAAGGUCGUCGUUGACCAAUGCACCAAAACCUUUGCUGGUGGCAGUUAGUAAAACCAAACCGAUCGAACUGAUCCUGGACGCGUAUUCCGUGGGACAGCGUGAUUUCGGUGAAAACUAUGUUCAGGAACUGGUGGAGAAAGCAAACGAUGCCAGAAUCCUGGAACACUGUCAGGACAUUCGGUGGCACUUCAUUGGCCAUUUGCAGAGCAACAAGAUCAAUAAGAUCCUGAAUCUCCCUAACUUGCAUAUGAUCCAAACGGUACACAGCAUCAAGCUAGCGGAAGGAUUAAACAAAGCGUGGGAAAAGCUGAAGGCAGAAAAUGCCGAAAAACAGCAGAAGCUUAAUGUGCUGGUACAAAUAAACACCAGCGGCGAAGAUGAAAAAAAUGGAGUCCAGCCCAAAGACGCCGUAGGACUGUUUCGCUACGUACUGGACAAGUGUCCCCAUCUGAACUGUGAGGGUGUGAUGACGAUCGGUAGAUUUGGACACGAUUAUAGCGCCGGACCGAAUCCGGACUUUGGUACGCUGAUGAAAUGCCAUGAAGAUAUCUGCAGUACAUUCGAGCGAGACCCAGCCGAGCUGCAGGUGUCAAUGGGCAUGUCGGAUGAUUUCGUGCAAGCGAUCGAAGCGGGCAGCACCAUUGUGCGCGUGGGUAGUUCUAUUUUCGGGGCUAGGGCCAAGAAACCAACUGAUGCGUGAGCGAGCAAACUGCGUGUGUAUCACGGGGUUUU